UAGGUAUGUAUUCAAUUUAAUUUCAGCUAUGAAGUGUAAUACAGUGUAAUUUACAAACCAUUUAAAUCAGAUAUGCGAAUAAGAAAACUUGCGUUCUUUUUCAAAAUACUGUUUCUCUUACAAAUUCUUGCAGGCAUAUGCUAUAUUACUGAAGACUAUGCAUCAAAUGAGAGGACAGAAAGUGUUAACCAAAUUGAAGACAAUAGAAGGGAGAAAUGUGCUACGAAUGGCAAAUUAGUUGACAACAUAAAAAGGUUGGAUAUUCUUGAUAAGACAUGUAAACGAUUAGGCUAUGUGGAAGAUAAAGAUUCUACAAAGAUACGGGCACAUAUGUCACCCAACUUAAAGGUACUGUACUGCCGAGUAAAUAAAUGUGCAUCGACAGUGACACUUGAACUACUUAAACAACUGUUUAACUGUGACACGGAAUGUUUAAUUAAAGUUGCUGACCGUGUCCGUUUCAAUAUCAAUGCGAGGGAAAUAAUGUAUAAUGCAUUUUCAUUUAUGGUCGUUCGUGAACCAUAUGGACGGUUAUUUUCAACCUACUGCAAUAUUUUCUAUUUUCCGAAGGAAGACUGGAUUUACAGAGGAACCAAAGUAAUCAAACUUACCCGACUAAACAUUUCAUAUGAUAGUCUUACAUAUGGGCAUGAUUUAACUUUUGCGGAAUUAGUUAAAUAUACUGUUGAUACAUUUGAAGCCGGAAAUACUUUAGAUGAACAUGUCAGACCAAUGCAUCAUAAAUCGUGUAAUCCUUGUUCCUUUAAGUUUGAUUACAUUGCACAUCUUGAGACUCUUCAAACUGACUUUGACUACAUUUUUAAUAAACUCCAAAAUGAAAAGGUAAUAGAAAGAUAUCCUAAAGACAUUUUGAUAUCACUACAGAACUGGACCACUUUUGGACCUAUAAAACAUUUAUUCAGGACAAUCCCAUUGUUGAGAGGUUCAAAUAUAUCACUUUAUCAGGUAUAUCUGCGUGCUUGGUGCUACUUCCAAAUAACUGGUCGUGUACUAAAUACUAUUGACUUUCCAUAUAAGAAGAGUGAUGAUUUUUACAUUGUAAAAGAAGACUUCAUAAUAGAACUUAGUAAGGCAAUGAAAGCAUCUCUUUUGUAUAAAGAUAAAUUGAUGAAACAGAAAGUUGAGGCCAUGGUACAGGCUUACUCAACAAUAUCCAAUGAAUACAUGGAGCGACUAAGUAAAGUCUUGUUAGGUGACUGUCUUCUGUUUGGCUAUGAACUAAAACCUGCUUAUCUGUUUAAGGCAAACACAUCUUAUAAGACAAAUUUGAGUUUUGAUUAUUUUAAGGGGUUGUGAACCAUAGUUUUAGUGUGUAUUAUAUUGACAAUGCAAAGUAUAUGGAUGGGACACAUUGUUUUAAAACGACAACACUUUCUCAUAUUUGUUUAACCAGUUAAAUGAUUUCAUAAACUACUGUAACAAUAUUUAAACAUGGACAGUAACUUGAAGUUAUGAAUUUGCAAAAUAUUUUUGCUGUAUAAUGGUGAACUUUAAUGUUUUCAUUUAGGUCACAUUUUUUUUUCUUACUCUAUAGUUUCCUAUAUUUUUUUUGGAAUGUAUGGUAUAUGCUAUCUAAAAUGUAUGUGAGGAUAAUUUAUGUGUGUUCUACAUUGCAUCUUGGUAAAUAAAAAAAAUAUUCGGUGUGCGACUGUCACUGUGUCUGUGAAAGUUAUAUAAUUAUGAUAAAAUACUAUAGGGAGUGAAUGAAUAGUUUACGUCUGCAACGACUUAUUUCCAAGAUAUGUUUCUAUUAGUUUUCAUGAACUUGAAUGUGUCAAAGACACCUAUCUUGGGCAACAUUAUGUAUGUGAUCCUAUAAAGAGUGAAUUCUGCUACAAAAUAAUUACUUGUUUAAAGUAAUAAAUCAUCAGCUAUAGUGAAAAUCAGAGAUAAUUUGUUGUUUAUCAGCAAUUAACUAAUCACAGAUUUGAUGCAGGUUUUCAUUAAGUUUCUUUAAUUUUUAUUCAAUAUUUUUCUUCAACUAUCUUGUAGAUUUCUAUGAUUUCCUUUUUGUAAAUAGUUUAUAAUGGCAUCCAGUCCAAGGUUUGCUCGUGUGCCCUGUCCGGUUUGGUAUUCUGUUAGGCUCCUUGCUAGAAGUCCUGUGUUGAUGCAUGUAUUCAUUGAAUGCCAACCUGCUUUGUUUAUCUUGUUUUUUGUACUUUGUGUUUAAUGAUAAUGCCCUUUUAAAUUUGAACACGAUUUUAUAUAAAGGUAAUUUAAUAUGAUCUACUUAUAUGUGUGUUGAUAAUUUGUAUCAAUGUAUCAAUGUGUCAAUAAAAUAUAAUAGUGAAAAUGAUAACAAUCAAUAUCAGUUUUAAUCGUUCUAUUACAUCGACUUUAGAAAUUAACACUGAGGUAGCACUUUUGUAAUGGAAUAAAUGACAACGAUAUAGACAAUAUUUGAUGUAACGUUAUGGCAUAGUGUGUAUAACUUUGUUUUCUUUACAUUUCAUAUGAAUAUAACCUUGAAUGUUGUAUUUCUUUUCUGUUAUCUGUUUAUUUCUGCAGGAAAGAUAAAAUCAUAAGCAUUCCUAAAAAUGUAUCAAACAAACUAUUGAAAGAUAUCAUGAUUAUUACUGUACUGUAAAACGACGACAGGUUUAUUUUACCCCGUUUAAUUCACUGUUUAUGGAUGUAUAAAAGUAUACAUGGAUACCUUUAAAAUAAAACAAUUAAUAUCUUAAAAAAGAAAUCAUUUUAAAAAGAUUCAUUAAAUAUGUUUAUAUGUAUAUGCUACACCAUUAUAUAUAUGAUAUUUUGUUGACAUUUUCCCACGUCCUUAACUAAACGAAUA